AUGCCACCGACCACCGUAUAUCGAGCCGUGGAUAUUCCGUUUGACGAGUCACCAGCUACCUAUCAACCAAAGAAGGACGAAAAUGCAACUGUUGUGAAAGUAGCAAUGGGCACGCAUCCGGUGCACAAAGGGUUUGGAUUUUCGGUUUCCAUGGAUCGUGGACGGCCUACUAUCGAUAGUGUGGUUGUCGGCACACCAGCGGAUCGCGCUGGACUACUAAUUGGCGAUCGUGUUAUCGCAAUAAAUGGCGAACAUCUGAAGGAUAAAUAUCCGUCGGCGAUUAAUCGAGUACUCCAUGAAGCGGCACGAUUAGGUGAAGUGGAGUUGUGCAUCGAGAGACGAGACGCAAAAACCCCUCAAGUGAAAUCGAUCUCAUCGCUGGAGAAUUUCGACAGAAUUUCUUGUAUACCCAACUAUGAUGGUCAGCAUUCGAAUCAUCCGGUACGAAUAUUCGACCAUGAGUGCGAAUUUUUGACUUCUGUCAUAAUCGAUUUAUACUUAAUAACAGCUCGUACGAACCGUGUGACUGUCGUUCCCAAAAGUUCAUGUCACGAGCUGAUCAGCCGUUUGUUCGUGACUUCAGCUCGUUACCGCGAUCCACUUCAACAGGCUCACUACCAACGUCUAAGCGGGAGAAUUCUUCUUCAGGUUCGUUUUUGUGAAACAAAAAAGAAAACGAAUACGCCCAUCGUAUGGAGAAGUGAAGAGCUCGAUGUGUUUGACAAGGUUGAGAAGGUGAACCUAAGAACGGUAACAUCAAUGCACGAGAAAAUUGGCCCCGGUAAACUCACAGAUUUUGUGCCGGAAAGUGAACGAAACGUUUUGAGGACCACAUCUGAUGAGAAAAGAGACUUCCAGCGUACUGCGGACGAGGAACCGAGGCUGAUUCGUAACUACGAUCUCCCACCAGCAUCACCAACAACGAAAAUUGCUUUAACUACCACCGCUACGUCGCAAGGUGAAACUCGUACACAGAAUGAUGACGACCUGUUUUCAGAAAAGUGCUAUUCGCGAAAAAUCUAUCGUGAAACCUAUUCACAUUCUCCACCAGUCGAGACCCUUCGACGAUCAUCCGAGAUCAGCGAGUCAUUUCCGACCAGAACCACAGCUGACUACUGGCGGUCCUUAUCACCACACCGUGAGCUUCGUCACGAAUCGUGCGAGUUGCGCGACCGCACUACUAAACGAGACUACGCGCCGGAUUACGAUGAUCGUCAGGCAAUCGUGAGAGAAGAGUAUAAAUUUGACGAGAUGUAUUGUAAGAGGAAUUAUCGCCCUGAUGUAGGACCACACUCCGACUACUACUAUCCUCGAACAACUGAAGUUCCGAUUCAACGCCUUAGAACGGAUCACUACCGAUCGACGUCAAGACCCCGUCCCUUCCAUACAGCAAGAUCUAAAUCGAGCGAUAUGAUCCUUGAAAAGGAGUAUAACUGUCGUCGUGACGAUGGUCGUAUUUCUGAUGUCACUCACAGAUUUUACGAUCGUGAUGGGAACUACAUAAAUAGAGAGGUGAAACGAGGAUACGAUCUCGACAUCAGAAGAGACUAUAGCCCUGCCCGAGAUGAACAGAGUCGGAGUUUGAGCAGCAAGAGUCUGGAGCGACGCUAUGAGGAGCGACAUGAGUAUGAGGAAAUGGAGAAGCGGAUGUGGAUUCCCGAUAAACAGGUGGUGAUUUUGAAUGUCUCGAUUUCUAGGAAUCUUCCAGCGAUAAUCAAUCGAAAAUUGGAAGAAACUCGCAAGUUGGAAAAAGAACAAAGGCAGACGACCGAAUAUGGCUAUCGUCGCACGAUGGACGAUCGGUACAUGGAUAUUGACAAUUACGACAAAACAACCGACUACAGGCGUUUCGGAAAGAGCUACUCUCCCGAGUACCGCAACCGGCAGUAUGACUCCUUACGAUACGAUCAACAUGAGGCACGUGGUAGUGGUGUGGCUGGUGGAGAUCCGAGUCUGACCUCGGAAUACCGACGUAGAGAACUGAGUCCUUCUGCUGGUUACAGUAAGAGAGAGACGAACGUGGCAUUCCGUGAGGAGAUUCGACGUGAACCGAUAAACAACGACCAAGUCGUGGCCGUCAGCGGAAAGCACCGAUGUGCACAUUGUGGAGACGAGCUUGGUCGAGGAGCUGCCAUGAUUAUCGAAUCACUUAACUUAUUCUAUCAUCUCGCUUGUUUCAAGUGCUACGUUUGCCAGACUACGCUUGGUUAG